AUGGUGUCCGAGAAGCCAAUAAAGAAGAUCAUCAUCGUGCGCGCUGGCCCAGCAGGCCUCCUUCUCGGCAUCCUGCUAGCAAAACAAGGAAUCAACAUCACAAUCCUCGAAGCCAACACUGAGCUAGACAAGAACCCGCGAGCAGCCCACUAUGCCUCAAUAGCGAUUCAAGAAAUGCGCCGCGCCGGCGUCCUCGAAGACGUGCAAAGAGAGGGCUACAUCCCUGAAGGUGUCUGCUGGCGCGAGUUCGACGGCACGUACAUCGCAGGCAUAAAAUCGCACGUCGAUGAUCCGGACGUGAUGGUAUGUUUGCCGCUGGAUAAGUUGAUCAGGUUGUAUUAUCGGCAUUUUCAGAAGGAGAAGAUGGGGAACUUGUUGUGGGCGCAUAAAGUAGUUGGGAUCGAGCAAGAUGUGAAGGAGGCGAGGGUGAUUUGCGAGACGCCGGAAGGAACGAAGACUCUGGGUGCGGAUUAUGUGUUGGGGUGUGAUGGGGCGAAUAGUCAGGUCAGAAAAUCGUUGUUUGGGAAGGAGUAUCCUGGAGAGACUUUGCAUAGUCAGAUUAUUGCUACAAAUGUUUAUUAUGACUUCCACAAGUUCGGCUACUGGGACUCGAACUUUAUCGUCCAUCCGGAAGACUGGUAUAUGGCAGCGAAAAUCACACCCGAUGGCAUGUGGCGCGUAACAUAUGGGGACAAAAUCGGUCUUUCCACGAAAGAGUAUCUCGAGAGACAGCCAAUGCGUUAUGAACAUCUUCUGCCAGGGAACCCCAAGCCGGGAGACUACAGAUUGAUGAAUGCCAGUCCGUAUAAGUUGCAACAACGGUGUGCUCCGAGUUUCCGAGUAGGACGUUUCAUUCUUGUGGCUGAUGCUGCACACUUGUGCAAUCCUUUUGGAGGAAUGGGUCUGACAGGCGGCUUCGCUGAUGUAACUAGUUUGUACGACUGCCUCAUAGCCAUCCAAAACGGCUUGACAACCGACAAAAUCCUGGACAAGUACAGCGAAAUUCGAAUUAAGAAAUGGGCGGAAAUCAUCGACCCGGUGUCUAGAGGAAACUUUCGGCGGCUGUGGGCUGAAGAUGCCAUUCCCGAGAGAUUGGCGUUCUUUGAGAUGUGUAAAAAGAUGGAUACGGAUGAGGAGAUGCAGAAAGGAGGAGCAGCGGCAAGUGUCCUUCGCGUUUUUCUGAUAUGGAAUGCGCUGACCGAUCGGUAG